GAGUGUGACCAGCGUUAUUGUUUUGGCGCGUUUUGAUGCUUGCACAUCUUGUGAAAUUUGUUUAAUAAAUAUUGAAUAUUUCCACGCACCGCAAAAUGAAUGAUUCUUUUGGUGAUUUCAAUGCCACACAAACGGCCACAGCCGGCGCCACAAAGGAAUCCUCUGGCGAGGGCAUUAUUUCAUUGCUGGUCAAACAGAUUCUUGAUUCGCCCGAGGGCAAUUUCAAGAUGUUCGAUGUCGCCUACGCUUUGGUCUGCGCCGUUGGAAUUGUGCGCAAUAUUGAGACGUCAUCGACGAAGAUUACUUAUUCUAUAGAGGAUCACAGUGGUCGCAUCGAUGCACACUACUGGCUGGAAGAGGGCGAUGCCAUCAAGUCACCCGAUGUUAUGCUCAAUAACUAUGUGAAAAUCUAUGGUUCCGUGCGUUCGCAGGCGGGUCAAAAAGUUCUGAUGGUCUUCAAGCUGUUAAAUGUGCUCGAUCCCAACGAGGUGUGCACCCACGUGCUGGAAGCGCUCCAUUCGCGCUACAAGGCUGAGGAGUACAAUCACAAAGGUGACGGAGGUCCGAGCAACCAACUGAUGCCCAAUGUGACGGCCAGUCAAAGUAAUGCCAUUGUCGCCGGUCUGGACAGCAAGCAGCUGGCUGUCUUCCAGGCCAUCAAGAGCAACUGCUCUGAGGAGGGCAUUCAUCGGCGCGAACUGAGCGCAAAGUUCUCGCACAUCAGCCAGUCCGAGAUGACAAAUAUUUUGGACUUUAUGAUAUCCGAGGGGCAUAUUUAUUCCAGUAUCGAUCCGGAUCAUUUCAUAUGCACCAUGUAGUUAUUAAAUAUUCUAUUCUAUGUCUUGGAUAUAAAUAUACGUAAGAGAUAAUGAAGUAUUUUAUUCACGCUGCACUA